UAAACUGUGCCAUGGUGCAUCUGGAGUCGCGCGCGCAUUGCGCAACGCUUGAUGUGCCGCGCGCGUCCUGUUCGAUUCAGCGCGCUGAUAUCAAAGCUCGGCGAAACGGCAAGAACAUGACAGAGACGACGGGUCUAUCUGCUUGAUCACAACCGCGAGCAUGGGCGACAGAAGCGAAAAGGGCUUGGUGAAGCACAAACGGAGAAGCACGAUCUCCGGUGACGCGGCGGGAGCUCAUCAGAAGACGCUCAGCGGACAGGUGAAGGAGAAAGAGCAGACUCAGAGACCGAGACACGACACACCCGCGAAUAAACACAAGAAUCACCGCGAUGCUGGCGACCACGACUUCAGCUGCCAUAAGCUGCAGGAGUCGCUGCUCAGCUCCGACAGCGGCUACAGCAACUACAGAGGAAUCCUCAACUGGUGUGUGGUCAUGCUGGUUCUGUCCAAUGCACGGCUGGUCCUGGAGAACCUUAUAAAAUAUGGCGUUCUGGUGGACCCCAUCCAGAUCAUCUCUCUCUUCCUGAAGGACCCAUACAGCUGGCCGGCCCCGUGCCUGAUCAUUGUUUCCAACGUCUUUAUAAUGGCAGCGUUCUACAUAGAGAGAAAGCUUUCUGUGGGCAUCAUCUCCGAGGGCACCGGGACAUUCCUCCACUGCAUCAAUCUUGCAGCUCUGUUAUUUGUCCCAGCCGGGACAGUUCUCAGCCUGACCUCUAUAACCCCAGUGGGUAGUGUUCUGGCGUUGAGUGUCUUCACCAUUCUCUUCCUGAAGCUGUAUUCAUACAGAGACGUCAACAAAUGGUGCAGAGAAAUCAGACAGGCCAAAGCUCGAACCCUGUCCCGCUCUCAGUCCUGCCCGUCUGUGCACAAAGCCAAUGGCCCGACUGAAUACACACACGUGAGCUAUCCAGCAAACCUCACACACAGAGACAUGUAUUAUUUUAUCUUCGUCCCAACUCUGUGUUACGAUCUGAACUUCCCGCGCUCUCGGCGGAUACGGAAGCGUUUCUUACUGCGCCGACUGCUCGAGAUGGUGUUUUUAAUGCAGUUAAUGCUUGGAUUAAUGCAGCAGUGGAUGGUUCCGACGAUUCAGAACUCAAUGAAACCCUUUCAGGUAGAAACACCCUGUAAAUUCAAUCAUAUAAAGUAA